GGAAGCGCAGUCCAAAGCCGGCCCGUCUCCUUCUGCGCAGCCUCAAAAGUCUCUGUGGAAGGACGCCUGAGGGCGUAUUGCAGCUCCGUCCUUCCACCGGAAGUGUCCGAUCGGAACCAGCCCUGUGGGAGAGCAGAGCUCUUUAAACUAAAAAAGGCCUUUCACAGAGCAGAAGUGGGAUUCUGAUCAUACAUUUUAUCUCAGGAUGACAACCGAAUCAAAGAAAGCUGCAGCUCAGAACCUUCAAGAGGAUGAAGGACUUCUGAUAGUGAAGAUUGAAGAGGAAGAUUUUGUCUGGAAGCAGGACACUUGCUUACAGAGAAGUGAUACCCUCAGGCAGGAGCUCUGCCGGCAGCUGUUCAGGCAGUUCUGCUACCAGGAUUCCCCAGGACCCCGCGAGGCACUGAGCCGGCUGCGAGAGCUCUGCUGUCAGUGGCUGAAGCCAGAAACCCACACCAAGGAGCAGAUCCUGGAGCUACUGGUGCUAGAGCAGUUCCUGACCAUCCUGCCAGGGGAUCUACAGGCUUGGGUGCAUGAACGUUACCCAGAGACUGGAGAGGAGGCAGUGACCAUACUGGAAGAUUUAGAGAGAGGCACUGAUGAAGCAGUACUCCAGAUUCCAGUCUGUGGACAUGGACAAGAACUAUUCAGGAGAAAAGUGGCACCCCCUGGACCACCACUUAGUGUCCGGUUCCAGCCAGUGAACACCAAGGUCCUUCAUGGUGGUUCAGAACCCCAACUCCUACUGGACCGUGAUAAUGAGAGUGAAAACUGUGGAUCCAUACCAAAGCUGGAAAUUUAUGAGAGAAUGGAAUCGCAGAGAAUUAUAUCAGGAAGAAUUUCAGGAUUUGUGUCAGAAGGAUCUGCUGAGCCUCAAGACAUCUGUAAGUCUACAGGCAGGUUAAAGAGACAACAGGAAAAAGAAUCAGGGGAGUCUCAAAAACCAUCAUCAGCUCAGGAUGGAGGUUUUAGUAAAAUCCUCACCCACAAAAAUACACUUACAGGUGAAAUAAUAAGCCAUGAUUGUUGUGAGAGAAGCUUAAAUCUGAACUCAAAUGAAUUUUCACACCAGAAAUCUUGUAAACACAGUACCUAUGACCAAAGUUUCAAAUGGAAUUCAGAUUUUAUUAAGCAUCAAAGAAUUUAUGCUGGAGAAAAAAUUCACCAAUAUGGAAAAUCUCUCAAGAGCCCAAACCUUAUUAAACAUGCAGCAAUUUUCAGUGGAGAGAAAACCCAUCAGUGUAAUGAAUGUGGGAAAGCUUUCAGACACAGCUCAAAGCUUAUUAGGCAUCAGAGAAUCCACACUGGAGAGAGACCUUAUGAAUGUAAUGAGUGUGGGAAAGGCUUUGGGGGGAGCUCAGAUCUUAUUAGACACCAGAGGAUUCACACUGGGGAAAGACCCUUUGAAUGCAAAGAAUGUGGGAGAGCAUUCAGCCUGAACUCACAUCUUAUCCUGCAUCAGAGAAUUCACACCAGAGAGAAACCCUAUGAAUGUAGUGAAUGUGGAAAAACCUUCAGAGUGAGCUCACACCUUAUUCGACACCUGAGAAUCCACACUGGAGAGAAACCCUAUGAAUGCAGUGAGUGUGGGAGAGCCUUCAGUCAGAGCUCACACCUUAGUCAACAUCAGAGAAUUCACAAGAGGGAAAACCUAUUAAUGUAAAGAACUUAAAUUCAUAAGGAAUAGAAAAACGUGAAAAACAUUGAAUAAAAGAUAAAUACUGGGUGAGAUGAAUGACUGUAAGACCAAUGUCUCUUUAUUCUCUCUCUCAUUCUCAGUUUUCUGUUCUGCAUAUGAUCUUCACCUCUAUGUGUCUGCUUUCUGUGAGACAGUGGAUGUACCUCUUCCGUUGACCGCUAAAAUCAAACCAAAAUAGCAGAAUUUGGGGGAGGCUAAUAAAUGGGUUAGUCUAUGGCAAUGAAAAUAAAAAAGAGGACGCUCUUGGGAAAUAACCAUGAUUACAGUGUGGGGGGAAGAAGAUUCAGGUAAAGAGACUGAUCAUCAACUCUAGUUAAUGAUUCUCCACAAGAGGAGGUAGGCUAAGCCCAGGAGUGGAAUAGCUUGAGCAACGUACUGCAGAACAGUUCUUUUGGAAGAUUCCUUUAAAGAAUGAAGACACAGCACAACUAAAUUAGACAGUCAUGUCAAACAAGAGGACAUAUGCAGUGGUGGCAUUCCAAUAUGUAAGCCAAAAUCUGUGUUCAGAGGUCAUGCCAGGAAGUGAACAACUGGAAGAGCAUUUAAAGCAAGAGACCAUAAUCCAGAGAUUCAAAUAAGACAGGAGGGGAAUAGAAGCAAAUUAGGCAAGAGCUAGGGUUAGAGGUAAGGAAAGGUGUUCAAAUUGAACUAAACCUUAGAAUUUGGAGGAGAUACACAGUAGUAUAACUGGGAUUUUACUGCCACGUACGCUGUGGGGUUUUUGGCACCUUCCUGGGUAGGUGGAUAGAGAGUGUAGUUCUGGGGAGCUCUCUUGACAGAAAUAGGGUUCUCUGGCUACUGACAAUUGUGGAAGAGGGCUGAAGGAAUUAGUACUAAAAAUAUAGGUCCUGAAACUUUAUUUCAUUGCUGCUGGCUGCUAUUCUCUCCAAAAAAGACCUAGAGGAGAGUGUAGAAAGGGUAGGUAUCUGAGAGAAGAGUGGAGAGGAAUCUGCAACAAGUUGGAACUCUACCAAUGAUUUCAGGAUAUAAAGGUGAAUCCUGCUGUACUUGUUUUACCUUUUAGAUGAGGCUCAUUUGAACUAAUAUGAGAAAUAAAAACAUAUUUAAGGCCUAAA